AGGAAGGUUAGUUGCGGUUUGUUUCUUUUUCUUCGGCAACGCAAACUUGACUCAGACAGUGUGAACAUGGCGGCCACGGCAAAACUUUAUGGGAUUCUUUCUGUUGUUUAUUGUACACAAAUAUUAUUUAAUUCUGUAUUAGCAUUUGAUUCUCUGGGUUCUUCUCACUUCAAUCCAUCCACAAAUCUUUUAAAUGUACAAGAAAUUGAUGGUAGCUAUAUACAAAAUGAAGACCUUUCAAAGACUUCCUAUCAUAUUGUUAAAAGAUCUGUUGUUGCGCCACCCAUUAAAAAAGCUACCUCAUUAAUAGAAAAGAAAGUUCAAGCAAAAAGCACAUCGACUGAAAGUACUCUACAGAAAGUGAUUUCCUCAUUUGACUCAAAAUCAAAAGAGGAAAACAGUACUUUGCCUUUGAAUUCAACAGAAAUUGAUGUAUCUUCUACUCAAACAAAUGUUUCUUCUGAGAAGUAUAAUGUUUCUACAACCAAACCGUCAUCAACAGAAGCAGCUAGUAGUACAACUACUACAACUACAACUACCACAACUCCAAGCAGUACCACAGCAGUGUCCACCACUUCUACUUUAUCUACAACUUUAUCUGACAUUGUUCCUCCCACUAAACCUUCAAAUAUCACCAAUACUACAGUGGAUCAUCACAUUUAUUACAACUCAACUAUGUUAUUAGACGCUGAUAAGGCUCUAGCAUAUUGGGUUGAUUUUAGUAAACUUCCUCAAGAUAAAGUGGUAGUACAUCGCAUGUUAUCAGAUUCUCAUCGAAAAGCUGCGACUGUUAGUUUAUCAUUUGACUUUCCAUUCUAUGGUCAUCCUUUAAGGAAUAUCACCAUAGCAACUGGAGGAUUUGUUUACAUGGGAGAUUACAUGCACAGUUGGCUAGCAGCUACGCAGUACAUUGCUCCUCUCAUGGCAAAUUUUGAUACAAGCCUUAGUAGUGAAUCAGUCGUACAAUAUUUUGAUAAUGGGACAGCAUUUGUAAUUGAAUGGCAUAAUGUUACUCUACAAGAUGAAAGGAAAGGUGGAAAUUUCACAUUCCAGACUAUUUUGUUAGACAAUGGAGACAUUGUUUUUGUUUAUAAAGAAAUUCCUGUUUCUGUUACUGAAAUUGGAGAUGAAGCUCAUCCAGUGAAAGUUGGAUUAUCUGAUGCUUAUGUUAUUGACAGAAUGAUUUAUUUCAUUAGAAGGAAAACAAUCUAUGAAUACCACAGAAUCGAUAUGAAAAGUGCCGAGAUUAGGAACAACACUGCCAUAUACUUCAAUGCUUUAAUCACUUGUAUGAGGUUCCCUGAUUGUAAAUCUUGUAUGAAUGCUGAUGUUGGAUCAGAAUGCAUUUGGUGUGAAUCCGCAAAGAGAUGUUCAGAUGGUCUAGAUCGAUUACGUCAGGACUGGUUGCAGUCAAAGUGUGAUGUUCUGAAACAUUCUGUUAACUGCAGUUCACUGCCUGUUCCAGAUCCAUUUGUCCAACCACUCACAGAUUCGCCAUAUAAACCAUAUACUUUAUACCCGAAAACUCCUAAAAAUGAUUAUCCUUUUGAAACAACAACUGCAUCACACAUGUCUUAUAAACCUGGUCAGACCAGUGAUGAUGGAGCGUCAAGCAGUGCUCGAGUUGCUGAAGAAUCUACAUCCAUGGGAGUGGGCAGUGUGAUUGCUGUGUUAUUAAUUCUUGCCAUGGUCAUGGGAGGCCUUGUGUGGGUUGGCUAUGCUUACAAAAAUCCACAUACUUCCUCAGGGCAGCUUUUAAUUAGAUACCGUCCUAGCCAGUGGCGUUUCCGAAGUGGAGAAGCUAGAUACACAGCAGCAUCUGUACAUAUGUAAAAUUAAAUAUUCCACUGACGUAAAGACAAUAACAUAUUGGAGGUCUCACAUUCCCUAAUGUUACAUGACAUUAAUUAUUAAGUGCACCUUAUUCGCCAUAUCAUGUCUGCACACAAAUUUCAAAGUGAAGCUCUGAGUAGUUACGUAGAUUUUUAGUUAAAUGAAGUGAAAAAGAAGACAUCAUCACAGUGCUGGUUUGAAUAUGUUUUAACGAUUGUUUUAUAAUUUUUAAUCUUUAUUUUAUCUCUUCUUUUGACUUAGUCUGUUUUUAACUUUGGCAACUAAAACAAUCAAUCAAUUUAUUUUGUAGUCUGUUUUUAACUUCGGCAACUAAAACAAUCAAUCAAUUUAUUUUGUAAUAGAUUAUGUUUUGUUUGUUUCCACUCAUGCCAUUGAAAAAGUAAGUUUGAAGGGUCUGUGGCCAUGUGUGGAAAGUCAAGCAAUUGGUUUUAUUUGUACUUUUUUUUAAUUGAUCCUAAUUGUUUAGCUCAUUAUUAUUCUCUGAAUGAAAAGUGCUUUAACAUGGUACUUAAAUGAAUUUUAAGAAAUUUUACUAAGUAAAUCUUUUGAAUCCAGAUGAGAUGUGCCUUUACUGCUGUGUCAUAAAGGUUUAUAUUUGAAGUGUGAUAUAUACAUAGAUAUAUAUAUUAUAGCAUUUGCAUUGGGUACAUUUAUAAGAACGGACAAACGAAAUAAGUACAAUUUUCAUUCGUUCAUGCAUGUGUUUGAAGAAUUUCCAUAUGUUUAGAAUUUUAGCAGCAUGCAAGGUGUGGCUGGGUCGUUUUUCAUGCUUGUAUAUAAUGUUUUUGUUAUCAGUGGAAUUAAAAAUAUUUUCUGUACAAGAUGCUUUGGGUUGUAGUUGGAUGCUUAAUAGAGAAUUCUAAAGACUGAUUAUAUAUAAUAUCGAUAAAAGAGUUUAUUGAAAUGUGUUCUCUGCAGGUUAUAUCUGUAUCAAAGCUAUCUCAAAGAAAUGGUUUUUAAUUAGAGGAUGUAACAGCGAAUCUUUUUGCUGAUUUAUGAAUAUCAACCUGAGUUUAAUUUGUAGAAUUCCAAAAAGAUAAACUAUCAUAUUAAGUAGCAUUGGCAUGUUGUUAAAUUAUUAAAUGACAUAUAUUUAGAAAUCUGGGAGGCCAGGCAGCCAGUGUAAGAUUGUUGUGAAAAGUAGUUAUUAUUAGUACUCAUCCAUAUUACUAGUUUGAAAAAAAAAUUAAAUAUGGGAAGUUGGAUUGAUUCCAGAUAAAUCAAUUAUCUCUUUCCUAACUAAUUACACUGAAAAAAGCCUUUAUUUUUGGAUAAGUUUACUUGGACACCUUGUACACUGAAACUAGAUAUUUUCUGAUUUUCCACUGUGUCAAUGUAAAUAUAGAUGUACUUUGAUUUGAGAGAAAAGUGUAAUUAUCUAAUCUAUAUAGGAAAGGAUGUUAUAAUCUUAAUUAUUAUAUUGUGUUUUUAAAAAGUAAAGUGGUUUUUUUCCUCCAUCUUUGCACAUGCAUGAAUGUUUGAAAUGAGAAUUUGUAAAUAACUUAUAAAGCAGCUACACCAACUUAGCAUUUGCUUGGGAACAUUUUCUUUGAGAAAUUAUGCAUUAUUGUUUAAUAAAAGUGCAAUUUUUCCUGCCAAUAUUGUGAAGUAUAAAAUAAUUUUUUUCUUGCUGAUAUAUGAAACCAUCAGAGGUUGUUAUAGUAUGGUUGUACUUUUCUUUCUGUUUAUUUUGAUUAUUAAAAUGAAAAUAUUCAGGUCUGUAUUUAAUGUUAUUCCUGAUUCUUCCUAUAUAUAGGCUAAAAUGCAUUGAAUUAUGCAUGUUUUGAGAAUCUCAUUUAUUUUAUUUAAAAAUUGGAUAUUGAAUUUUUAAAUUUUUUUUUAAUUGUUGACUAUUUUGUUACCUGCUGAUAAAAAUGUUUUACUGUUUGACUAUCAACAAAGCAUUUGUUUAUUAAUGAAUGAUUUAAUAUUUUUGAGGUAGGAUGGAAGUGGUAAAUUUUUAUAUUUUAAUGCCAUUUUGCAAGAAACAUGUGAGAAUCUCAUUUUUAAGUUUUUGAUUUAUGAAAUGAGAAAUUAUUGAAGAUAAAAUUUUAUAUUAUCUCCUCCUCUCAUGCAAGUCUCGAAAUUGUGUACUUGGUAGUGAUUUUUUUUAAACAUUAUUAUAAUUUGAUUUUAUGUUUUAUCUUUUUGUCGAUUAUUAUUAUUUUGGACUUUGUUAUUUUUUUGUUAUUAAUCUGCAUAUAAUAUUUUUGUCAAUUUAUUUCAAAAAUCUAAUUAAAUUUUUAAAAAGCAAUCUGUAUUCUAAAGUGGAAGAAAUUCAAAAUGCUUAUUAGCAGGGUUUGUUUCUUUAAUAUAGGAAUUUCUGAAAGUAUAUUUUUCAUAUCAUAUUCAUUCAAUUCAAUGCAUUUCAAAAUAUAGAUUAGUAUCUCAAGUAGUACACAUAUUUAUCAGAAUACAAUGCAGUGUAAUAUAAUAAAUAAGUAAAAUCUGAUAUUUGUAUAAGUUUUUUAGGUGCAUAUAAUAAGGUUUAUAAAUUAUAUGUAAAAUUAAUUCUAUUUACGAAGGAAAUUGUCGAUUUAAUGUCAAACAACAUUAUUUAGAAAAAUAGAUUUCACAAUAAUGUAUCUGUUUGUACGUGGAGAGAAAAAGAAAGGUUGCAUAGUAUCAUAAGGUUCUAACUUUUAUUUUUGUUAAUUACUAGAUUCUGCUCUUAUAACAAAAUUAGAAUUAAUGUUUGUAUAUAUUAUGUCAAAAAAAUUGUAGAUAAUAUUGUUGUACAUUAAACCAUAUCAUACAAAUUAAUUUGGCAAAACAAUUUCCUACAGCAAGAUGUUGGAUUGUGUUUGAGGAAGGAUAAUUUUAUAUUUCAAUAAAAGAAAUAAGCAUAUCAAAUGGUAUUUCUUAUGAUAUGAAAAUUUUUAUAUCUUCAAAAAUAGUUACAUGCAAUUAUCCUUAUUAUUUUGUAUAUCUAUUUCAGCGGACUUUUUUUUUUUUUUUUUCUAAUGACGAAUUGCAUAUUAAGAAUUAAAAAAGUAAUUGUGGACAUCAUUACUGAAAUAGAAGGGGAAAAAAAGUAUUGAAACUUAUUUUGUUAAAGAUAUUAAAAAAUGAACAUUCUUGACAAAGCCAUUUUUAUGUAAAAAAAUACUCUAAAACUUUAUAUAUUUCAACUUGCAAAUAAAAUAUUUUUCAUGAAAAAUAAUUUUGAGAAAAAUGAAAAACUUUGGAAGUUUAUUAAAAAAAAAAAAUUCACUUUGGAAAUACUUAAAACUAAAGGAGGAAGUUAAAUUAAUGAUUAAUUUAAGUAUGAGAUUUAUUUUUUUAAUAAUGUAUUUCAAUGCAAUGUGUUUGAUUUAGAGGUAGAAAUUGUAAAUUUGUCAUAAGAUUUAUUUUUUUAAUUCUGUAUAAUAAUUGGUAAUAUAAUUUUUUAUUUGCAUUUCCUAUGGUGUGAUUAAUUUUUUAAAAUAUGAUACAGAAUUUUAUUUUUCAUUUCAUGUUGAAAACCAGAAUUCUUGUUCAGCAUACUUUUUGAAGUUUUAUGAUUUUAUUAAUAUUCAGAGUCCUUCCAAUUUCAGCACUAAAAAAAAUCACACUUCUCAGUCCAUUAGUUAUAUUUCUGAUUUUUUUACAAACUGCCUUUUUAAAAAAUAAAAAGAAAAUCUGUGGGAUCUAUUUUAAUAUAAAAUUAUUUUAUGUACUUCAUGAAGGAUCUGCUUAUUAAGGAUUUUAGCCUUCUCAUUUUAUAACAUGUAUGCAGCAGCUCUUGUAUUCUGAAAUUAUUUUAAUGCCCUUAAGACUUGUGUUUUUAGAAAUUAGACUUGAAACUUAGUCAUUUACUAGUGAUAUGAAAUGCUGUCUGUAAACGUCCUUUACAAAAAAAUUUAAUCUUAAGUUACUCAUCUAAUUUUGUAAACAUUUUUAGAUUUAUGUUAACACAUUAGUAGUUCAAAUGGUUUUCUUUUGAAAUUUCAUGUAAAAUGUUUUUAGUAUUAGUGACUUUGCUCAAACCAAAUAUCAAUAUUAUUUGCUCAGUUUCCUGUAAUUGAUAAUGUGUGAUUUUGUAUAUUUGUCAGCUUUUGAUUGUGCCUGCUAAGUGAGCAUUGUGAUCUAAGCUAAUUGUAAAUAAAGAUGAAUGCUUUUUAAAGAAUUGCUGUUUAUAUUCCUAUGUAUUGAAUAAGAUUACUUGGAUAAGCAUAAUAAAUCUUGACAGAGAUAUGGGGAAUUUGAUUUGUUUAGAACUAUAUCACUUCUUAAAAUCUGCCCACUUGCAGUGAGAAAAUUUUUUUUCACAUUUUUAUGUGAAAAGUUUGUUUUGAACCAAAAUUGUGAAUUUUUAAAAAUAAAGCAAUAAUUA